UGUACUUAAGCACCGCCACCACCACCGAAUGGUUUCGUUGCGAUCGCAUUCGACCGAAACCUGCGCAGAAGGUUCUGCGUGUCUAGAUGCCUCAAUUCUCUUUUCGUGUUUAAUUCUGUAGUCCGUUUUCUCUCUUGUCGCUCUCGUGCUCUCACCAUUCUUGGCUCAUCGCCCACAUGGCCCACAUACCUUGUGGGGGCCUUGUCCCGGGUUUUCCGAUGUUUUCCCACUUAGUUUUUCCGACGCUGUGAUACGAUCCGGCAAAGAAUACUCAGCCCGCCACGGACGGCUCCCGUGAGAUCGCGCGUGAAUUCGUGUAAUCAACGGCCUCAAAACACACGCCAAAGGACGCGGGUGCAUCGCUUGUGUGCUUGCUUUACAUUCAGUUUCCUUUGUGUUGUUAAAUUGCUUGUGCAAAACGGCGUGAGUGGAGUUCCGAAACCCCUUCUUUCCCGGACGAAAGGAGCAAUCCCCACACCGCGCAUAAGUCCAUCGUCUAUGUGAUCGCGUUUGUCGCUUACCCACGACGUUUUUGUUUUUGCUUGGCGCGAUGAACAGAAAGGAACAGAAAGGGCGGUUUGAACAGGCCGCACCGAGUCUCCCACCGACCCUGGACGGGCUGAACAAUGUCAGCGAUCUCAUAAGCAAGUUCGAGGUACGCAACUAUCCUAUAAAUAGAGGACUGCUGCCCGAACUAUCGUCGCCCAGGCCGACGCCGCCGGGAUACGCCGGGAUCGUCCCGGGUGCAGCGGAGUGGUACCGUGGUGCCUACCAUUAUUCGCCGACUCAUUCGCCACCGCUCGGGCAAACGCGCCGACGAUCGGCCAACGGUGGUGUUCCGUCGCAGUACGACUCCGCCUAUCUCAGCGAUACAGCCUCUCUCAGUGACGGAGCGGAUAGUGUAAGCCCCGGCGGUAGAAGGAUGGAUGAUCGUGCCCGGUUUCGUGCCCGCCAGGGUGGAGUUUACUACCAGAAUGGCUCACUGUCUUCGCUGAACGAAUCCGACUACUACGAGGAUAUUGGGUUUGACGUUGGACCACGAACGCCACCCAGUGGACGCUUCUAUGCCCCACAGCAACGCCGUGGUGAGGGUGCCGUCCUGCUGGAGGAAGUUGAGGAGGUGCCGCUGAAUAAGGAGCAGGUCACUAGCACGCUGACCCGUUUCGGUGCCAUACUGCAGAUGCUGUCGCGGAUCCCGUUCCCCCGGAUGUCCGUCACCGGCAUGGGGCUUUGCUCGCUCGUCGCCAUCUUCUUCUGUCCGAGGGCGAUCGGUUCCAAUAUACUGUUUCCCGGUUUCAGACUACUGUUCGGUACGCUGUACCCGGCCUACGCCUCGUACAAGGCGGUGCGAACGAAGAACGUCAAGGAGUAUGUAAAAUGGAUGAUGUACUGGAUUGUGUUUGCGUUCUUCACGUUCAUCGAAACGUUCACCGACAUACUACUGUCGUGGUUUCCGUUCUACUACGAAAUUAAGGUGAUCGUCGUCCUGUGGCUGCUGUCACCGGCUACCCGCGGUAGCUCGACACUCUAUCGCAAGUUUGUGCAUCCGAUGCUGACACGCCGCGAACAGGAAAUUGACGACUACAUCAAUCAAGCCAAAGAGAAGGGUUACACCGCCGUGCUGCAGCUGGGCUCGAAGGGUGUUAACUAUGCCACGAACGUUAUCAUGCAAACGGCCAUCAAGGGUGGUGGUGGGCUUGUGCAAACGCUACGCAAAAGCUACAGCUUGAGCGAUCUCUCCGAACCGGACACGCAGCGAACGCAGGACGAGGUCGAUGAGAUUGUGAACCGGCCGCAGCGCGUGCUACGGUCGAAGAGCUCUCGAUCGUCGUCCGGCAGCCGGCAGAUGGAGAUGUACUUCCCGGAGGUGGAGAUUGCCGCCGCACCGUACCAUGCGACUGCAGCGCCCCCGUACAACUACAUUCGCUCGUCCGACGAUAUUAGCUCGGGAUACUCGAGCGCCGAACCAGGUCUGAGCCGAACGGCGUCGAUGAGCAACACGGCACGCCCGAGACUGAAAUCAAAAACGCGAGAAGAUGAUGAGGAGUAUAGUGCCGAUGUGUUUUACGACGAGCAAGAUCAGCACAUGCUUUACGGCCGUGGAGGUCCUCUGAACGAUCGAUUCUUUCCACAGCAACGUGCUACCAUUUAUGAGCUGGCUCCUGGUGGCAGCAGUUCACUGCCAGCCAUUACCCAGGCAGGACAUACGGUCGAACACGGCGCUCCUCCAAUCUAUAGCUCCAGCAAUACGCAGCCAUCCGGUGUGCCGGCUGAAAUGAACGAUAAAUAUAAACUGUUUCUAGCCUGGAUGGAGGAGCAGCAGAGGCGUGAGAACGGCGUUGAUCCUGAAAGUUCCAAACAGACGCUUCCUUCUCAAGAAGUAGCUACAGAGGACAAACCCCAGCUGGAAGUAGUUGAGCUAGUCGACCAAUCUGCAAAGGAUGAUGAGAUUGCUUCUGUGAAGCAAGAGAAGUUGAACAAUGGUUACGAAAUGAGAGAGGAGAUUGUUGCAAAUGCUGAACCUCUGCCCGCUGGAGAUGACGACUUUCAGGAUACGAUCUCCAUUUCAUCGAACGAGAAUGAUGAAUUCUUAGAGGUAGAGGCUGCCGAACCGAAUGCAGAGGCACUUGAACAAGACUACUCUGCUACUGAUACCGUGACCACUAUAAAGACCGAAAUGCCCAUGGAUGAAAUCGAGAGGGAUAAUUCUGUGCCUGAAGAAACUCCUGAAGUUGUUGCUAAAACGGAAGGGACAGAAAAUGAAUCUAACCUUGAAUGCGAUGUUGAUGCGGAACUACAAACAGCUCUUACCGCUGAAGUGCAGCCAGCAGUAGUUGAGAUCCCUGCAGUUGUCGAAGAAAAGGAACCAAAUCCUACCAUUUCUGUCGAAGAAUCCACUUUCGACACGAUCAGCCAUCCCGAAGAGACAUCCAACUUACUCGCAGCGGCAUCGUCCAACUCCAACUUAACCUCCUCGAGCUCAUCGCUGGCCAUUUCGGAGGGUAGUACGGGCAGUGUAAUCAAUCUGGCCGUCGAGGGCAGUGCUCCGUCCGUGCCGCCGAAAAAGCAUCCAUCCUUUGGCAAGCAGCGUAAGGCACCGCCGGUUCCGCCACCCGCCCCCGAGAUGAUUGUGGUUCGGGAAAAGCCCAGUAAACCCUCCACGGUUACCACUACUACUACUGCUCCUACCGUCGCAGUUCAGGCUGCAUCGAAAGCAUCCGUUGACAAGACGAAAGUGACUGCAAAGCCAACGGCAACAGCAGUAUCACGUAGUACCAGCUCUCCGGCUGGAUCAGCAGCACCGGAAAAAUCCAAACCGAAAAAGUUUAUGAGCUCCCUGACGGGCAUGUUUAAGGGACAUGGCGAACAAACGGCAACAACAACGGCUCAACAGUCUGCUGCUACCGCAGGCCAUCCGAAGGAGACUGAAAUUUAAGCAAAUCUUGCAGAGGAUUUGAAGAGGAUUUUUUUGGACGCGUUUUGUGGUCAUCAACGGGUUGAAGGAAAAGAUGUCGGCCAGCUGUACGACGUUACCACGCACCAAGAAGCCGGAAAAGGUCACCAAAACACGCUCGAAAACGGAGAAACCGUCAGUUUAGGCGAGUGUGUUUCCUUCC